AUUGCAAUACGGUAAUCACACGUUGGGUAGCGAUAAUCUUUAUAGGGUUUUUGAUUAUCUCAAAUUGCAAUACGGUAAUCACACGUUGGGUAGCGAUAAUCUUUAUAGGGUUUUUGAUUAUCUCAAAUUGCAAUACGGUAAUCACACGUUGGGUAGCGAUAAUCUUUAUAGGGUUUUUGAUUAUCUCAAAUUGCAAUACGGUAAUCACACGUUGGGUAACGAUAAUCUUUAUAGGGUUUUUGAUGAUCUCAAAUUGCAAUACGGUAAUCACACGUUGGGUAGCGAUAAUCUUUAUAGGGUUUUUGAUUAUCUCAAAUUGCAAUACGGUAAUCACACGUUGGGUAGCGAUAAUCUUUAUAGGGUUUUUGAUUAUCUCAAAUUGCAAUACGGUAAUCACACGUUGGGUAGCGAUAAUCUUUAUAGGGUUUUUGAUUAUCUCAAAUUGCAAUACGGUAAUCACACGUUGGGUAGCGAUAAUCUUUAUAGGGUUUUUGAUUAUCUCAAAUUGCAAUACGGUAAUCACACGUUGGGUGUUCUUUCAGAGAUAAUCGUUCGUGCAUUUCAAGACUCUCUUGGUGCUCGGCCACCUACACUCGAAUCACGUUUGCAACACGAUAUGGAGAACACUUGUGCUAUAUGUUUAGAUACGUGUGUCGAAGAUGCCUUUCUAUCUGCAUGUUACCAUACAUUUUGCUUUAACUGCAUAAAGAAGUGGCAGACAUGCUCAACCUCUACGCCACACACAUGUGUUUGCCCUCUAUGCAAGAGAGAGAGCAGAGCUGUCAUUUAUCACUAUGAUGGGUUAACUGAAACGUACGACAAAUAUUUUUUCGACCCAACCAUGAAAAGUUUUCUCCUUUCUGAUGAACAUAGAAUGAGGCUGCAACAUUACAAGAAGAAGUCCAUAUCAAGCUAUCUGGUGGACUCCAUUGCCCGCUUUUGGCAGAGGGGUUUCUUUCUCCAGAGAAACAAAUGGCUUGAAACAUGGCUCAGAAGAGACCUUCAAGCGCUACUCAGAGUUGAAAAUUGUGACGUAAUUGUUCACCAAAUAGCUGGGACAAUUGAUACAUUUUGCAAAAGGCACACAAAAACAGAAGCUACAACCGAUGAGUUAAGCAAAGAGUUUAAAGAAAAAAUCAUGGAGGUUGUUAGCACUUAUAUGGAAGCUGGAGAGAGGGAGAGGUUUGCUGACGAGACUGAAUGCUUCCUUGCAUUAAGACUCAACGUGGAAGCUUUUGACACUGCCUAUCAAAGAUAUCAAAGUCAACAAGAUCAUGGAGAUGAUGAUGAUGACAGUGAGAUCCGACAGUGGACUCUUAGAGAAAUGAAAUCUCUUAAACUAAAUAAUAGAGUUGUCAUGAAAAAGUGCAUCGAAUCAGCUAGAAGCGUGAAGUCGAGUGCUCAACUCGUGGACAUACUUGUCAGUCAACUAGGUUUUGCCUCGAUUAAAGAGACAAAUGUUUUUGCAAAAAGGCUAUUCAAUAAGGUUUCCAAAUGCCAUGAAGAUCAAACUGAUCCAAGGGAAUGCAAAGCGAAGGUGAAUAACUCUCAGAAUACUGAGCUUUUACGCUCCCUGGGAGCCAUUGACAGCGAAGGGAACCUAACAAGCUUAGGACAGAAAAUGUCAGCUCUUGAAGUGGAGCCAAAGAUGGGAAAAAUGCUAAUGUCUUCAGAAAGAUUAGGAUGUUCAGAAGAGAUCAUCACUAUUUCUGCAAUGAUCCUUGCCAAGGUGGAUGCCCACAAAGAAGAAAUAGCUCGUUCCGACCACAUUUCCAUGCUGGUUGCUUAUGAGUCUUGGCAAGAAAAUAAUUUCUCAAAAAAAUGGUGCAUUGAAAAUGGCGUAAAGUUUUCGAGAAUGGAGAAUGCAAAAAGCAUUCGCCAAAAGCUGGAAAGGGAUUUUGAGAAUCUUCGUAUUAAAAUUUACUCCAGACGAAAUGAUGUUGCAUCCAUUAAAAAAUGCAUUACGGAAGGAUAUUUUGAUUGCUGCUACAAAUUUCAAAGCGACGGGUCUUACAAAAGCAUUAAGGCUCCUUUUACAUCAAAAACAAUACACCCGAGCUCAACCGUAUACGAUCAUAUUCCCAUGUAUGUGGUGCACUCGGACACGUGCACACGGUGGAUGCGAGAGGUCACGGAGGUUCCUCCUAGCUUGCUGAGUCGGAUGGCUCCGCUUUACGAUCUUCAGAUCAACAUGCCUAGAUCGAUUGGCCGAUCUCCCAUCUAGCAAAAUGCUUUUAUUUUGUUGAUAGCUUUUUUGUACAAAUGCCAUGAGUUGACUUUGUUUUUUCAUUUCGAUUGAUGUAAGCAUUUCACAGUUUUAAACAAAUAAAAAAAAAGAAUAUGAUUAACAAAA